CCAAAACAAAGCUAAUUGUAUCUUUGAGGUCUAUUUUCGUGUAAAUUGUAAUAUCUCAACAUGGAAGACAAGGUGAUUCUGCUGGAUUAUCAUCCAAGCAUGUUCGGAAUGAGGGCGAGAGUUGCGUUAGCAGUGAAGGGCAUCGAUUACGAGCACAGAGAGGAGGACUUGCAAAAUAAAAGCCAGCUUCUUCUCGAGUCCAACCCCGUUUACAAGCAGAUCCCCGUUUUGAUCCACAACGGCAAACCCGUUUGUGGAUCGUUUAUAAUUGUCGAAUAUAUCGACGAGGUGUGGAAGGACAAAUCUCCGACGCUGCUGCCUUGUGAUCCUUACCAACGAGCUCAAGCGAGGUUCUUGGCUGAUUAUAUAGAAAAAAAGGUAAUGGAAACCGGAAAUUUGAUAUGGUGUGAGGAGCGAGAAGAGAAAGAGGCGGGUAAGAAGGGGUUCGUGGAGUUCAUGAAGCAGAUGGAGUCGGAGCUUGGCGAUAAGCCAUUCUUCGGCGACAACGGCUUCGGGUUUUUGGAUGUGGCUUUGAUCACAUAUACCCCAUGGUUCAAGACCUUCGAAAUCUGCGGCGAUUUUAGCAUCCAACAAGAUUAUCCCAAAUUAAGUUCAUGGGUAAAGAAGUGUUUGGAGAUAGAGAGUGUGUCUAAAUCAUUGGCAGAUCCCGACAACGUUUACAACUUCUAUUUGACCAUUAAGGAAAAGCGUGGCAUUUAAAUUUCUAUUCGUUUAUCAAUGAAAAAAAGACUAGCAUUCACUAGUCUUGUGUCAAUCAU